AUUGAGUGAAUUUCGAAAACAAUCGUUUAUUAAUGGCGACGGUGUUUAUAACGGUGUUAUUGUCUGGCGGAAAAGUGAUAUUUUGACAGUUUUUACUGUUUGUAAUUGAUGUUUUAGAAGCUAAAUCGCUCGCUACUAGAAUCCACCAUAUCAGAUUGGUGCCCGAUACGCGAAGCGAAAAGUGUGACAUCGGUUUGAAGUGUAUGGAAUUUUAUUCCGAAGUAAAAGUUCCUACCCAAACAUCCGGAAAAACUCAGUGAACUGAAACUUCCCGAAGAGACUAGAAUGUUUUAGCAGUUCAUCAAAAGCCUAAAAACUUCUAAUAGUGUGUUCAUUGCAAUCAUAAGUGUUCAAUAAAAACAAAUAGCUUCAAAAAUGUCUAACGACCUGGAUCAACUUUUACUGGACGACACAGUGAACGAGGCCGAUUAUGAUCCGAGCCGGCGAUGCCAGUUGCAUGACGAUCAGUGGAAUGACGAUGCCUACGCGGAAAUUAUGUCCGCCAUUUUGGCGACAACCCGGCGCGCAGCGGAACUGGAUCGGUGUCAGCAGCUUAACACCGUUAACACCAAUAAAACGCUGGAGUGUAAGUUUGAUCGACUGAUUACGGAAGUAAACGGGCUGAAGGAUGCCAUCGAGGAGAAGAUCGAUCGAAUCAACCGGAAGAUCAAGCACACCAAUCGACUGUUUCAGGCCAGCCAGGACUACGAGAAACGGGCCAGUAAAUCCUGUGAGCUGGUUCUUAUGGGAAUUCCCUAUCGAAGGGGUGAAAAUUUGCGUGAAUACUUUAUGAGAAUGUGUCGAGCUUUGGACUUUCGGGAGCACGAAAUUCCUCUUGUUUACGUUCGAAGAAUUUUAAGUGGCGGAAGUUCUACUGGAGGAGCCAAACUUAAACUUCCCCAUUACAGUCACUCGAUUCUAGACAACUUGAAGCUGCGGGCCAGUGCCAAGUUGACUGUCUAUAACGGGCAUCGAACGCCGAAUGAGUCGAUCAUUGUGGUUCAAUUUGUGUUCCGGAAUGCCCGGCAUGAGUUCUACCGAAGAUAUCUGGAACACAAAGCUCUCUGCCUAAGGGACAUUGGUCUGGACAGUGGUUCCAGGAUAUUUGUGAAUGAAAGUUUGACUCGGAGCAAUUUGGGACUGAAGGCUGAAGCUAUGAAGAUGAAGCGGGAAGGAAAGCUGAAGAAUGUGUUUACCGUCAAUGGACAGAUUUAUGUCAAGCGUUCGAAUGAACAUAAGCCUGAGCUGGUGACCAGUACCGUAGAUUUGCUGCUGAUGGAUGAGAACAAGAUGAAAAGUAACAAAGAAAACUACCCCCGGGUGCUGGAGCACAUCAUCCAGACGCAACCGUACGUUCUGAGCCGGGACUACAAGGAGAUCCUCAGCACCUUGGAUCUGGUGUCCAAUGAUUCAGUUGUUUCGGUGCGCACCAAUCUAUCGUCAUGGCUGCAGCGGCUGUGCGUGAGCUGCCUGGAGCGGGAACAGCAGCAUGUGGACAGCGAGUUCUCGCGCAGCGUCCUGGAGAAGGUGCUCAACAUCACGGUGCGGUACCUGACUGAUGAACCGGGGAUCCGCAGUGGCGCCUACGACACCCUGAGCUACCUGAUCGAGCGGGGCUUCCUGGACAAGGCCACCACCGAGGACAUCGUCUGUCCGGUGGUCGAACGCCUCAGCCGCAAACCCCUGGAGACCUUCGAUGAGGAACUGUACGCGAUCUACAUCCACUUGAUGGUGAAGAUUGUGCCGAUCGUCGGGUACGCAAAAACCUACGAGCUGGUGUACAAUCGGUUCGUCGAGAUGUGCAGCUGCAAGGAGCACUUCGUCCGGCGAGAGUGUGCUACCGCAUUUCCGGUCAUGUGCGAAGUCCUCGGGGAUGAACUGUUCGAGAAGAGCUUGUUGCCGAUCUUCAUCAAGCUGUGCGACGAUGAAAUUUGGACGGUGAGACGGGCCUGUGCCGAGGUGAUGCCGAUCAUUGCGCUGCUCUGUACCCUAGAAAAGCGGCGCAAGGUGCUGGUGCCGGCGAUGAAAAAGUUUAUGUUCGAUCCGAGCCAGUGGGUCAUCAUGGCGGCGUUGAAGAACCUUGGUCAAUUCCUGACCACCUUCGCUCAGCUACGCAUCCUGGGACUUGCCUACAACAGCAACCUGGAGCUGAGGGUUUCGAAUGCGGCCGACCGAUCCUGCUUCGUGCAUCUGGAUACUAGCCGGAUCACCUACGGAAAUCAGCCUUCGGCCGAUGCCUUGAUCAAAAACUUCGAAACCUACGAGAAGCGCUUCCGGGAGGCGAUACAAAAGUACGCGCUGCUAUCGCUGGUCAAAUCCAACGAGGAACCCUGGAAGGCCCGCGGGGAUGACACCAUCAACGUCGAGGUGUACCUUUACUCGAUCGCGUUCGCUGAUCGACGAUCGCAACGGCUUUCGACCGGGUCAAAUUCGGACGAUGGUGGCAUAUCGAAAAUAUCGGACUUCUCGUACAAGCUGCUGUUGAGAAAAUCUCUCUCGUCCAGCUCUUUGUGUGCUCCGCCAGUUGUUCCGGUGCCGACACUUCACCGAGGGGCAGGCGUCCCUGCACGCGGUACUAUCGACGAAAUGAAUCCUCUGACGCGUUUCCUGAGGUAUUGCUCGCCAAUGAAGAAUAACUUCGCCGAUGCGUUUACCAAGCAGCAGAAUGUUAACAAUGCUGGGGACAUGGAUCGUCGAGGCAGUGACUCGGACGACAAUCAUGGCGGCUGGGGUAUCGAGGACGAUGGCAUAUCGUCGUACAUGGAGAAGCUGGACGAGCAGGCCGAGUGGUUGAAUUACGAGUACAGUGGCAGCGGAAUAGGCAGUGGCAAAUCGGAUGUCGUGCCCAGGGCACAGGAAAGUGAGAAACAACCGAUUACAGCCGGCAACAGUAUCGAAGGAGUCGCAGCGUCCGAGGACGAAUCCAUUGAUCCAAGCUUCAAUUCGCAUCAGUUUUGGUACAUUAGUCCGGAAAUGCCUCUGGAUCUAGAUUUCAUCGACGAUGACACAAGCACUAGGACAAAUAUGGAAAUUAAUAAAAAUACUGAUAUAAGCAAUAAUAACGUUUCUUCCGGAUCGGCUCCGAUAGCUACGGAUGAGCUGGGAGAUUCCAGCGAGGAUAGCAAAAAUAACAACCCUAAGCAUGAAAGCACUCCGAAUGUAACGCAAGAGCACGAUCCGCACAACGAUAGCGAUUCGUCGUACGGAAGCAUCAACAAUAACUCCGAGGCCGAUGUUGACGUGGAACGGGUCAGCAGUACAGAGCGUUCUGUGCGUCAGAAACAGCCACAGCCUUCGAGUGGAUCGUUCCACCAGAAGCUCGACCAUGUCACGGCCGGUGUUGCCGCUAUCGAUAUCAACAAAGAAGGGGAACGGCUCCGUAACCUGAUUCGUUGGCAAAACGAGGAAGUCGAGUGGAACCUGCUGGAAGAUUUUGUCCACAUGAAAAACAUCAAAGAGCUGUGCUUCGAAUGUGCCUACUACUUCCCGGCGGUCGUGCUCACCUUCGGGGACAAAUUUUGGCCUAUCCUGAGCAACCACUUCUUUGCCCUGUGCAACGACAUCCAAAACACGGUCCGGCGAACGAUGGCCUCCUCGAUCAGCAAGAUAGCCUUGAUCAUAGGACGGGAGCAUGCCACUCGAGAUCUGGUUGCACCGUACAUCGAGUUCCUGAUGGAUUCCGACGAAAUCCGGAUCGAGGUGAUCAACAGCCUGGCCGAGUUCAUCCGGGUGAUCGACGGUAGCGAGCACGAAACCCUAAUGGAUCAGCUGAGCCUGUGCCUGCAGCCACCUCUGAACAUGAUGAACUGGCGCUUCCGGGAAGCCGUCGCUCGGCAACUCGUCCCACUGGUGCGGAUGCACACCAAGAUUCGCAAGGAGAACUGCCUUCUGUACCUGACCGGACUGGCGAUGCGCCUCAUGGUGGACAAGUACGAUAGCGUCCGAAAGGCCGGCAUGGAAGCGUUCAUCGAAUGUUCCCGUGAGUUCCAACGGAACGACCUAGUGUUCAAGUUCUUUACGGAAAACUUUGCCCACGGUUCCAACUGGCGCCGCCGGCAAACCUACAUCGUGACCGCCGGGAAAAUUCUGGAAACCGGUGAGAUCGAGGUGGAAAUCUUCCGCAAACAUCUGCUCGGCAAUGUGCUGUCGUUGGCCGGGGAUCCGGUUCCGAACGUGAGAAUACAAGUAGCCAAGUGCCUGAAGGACAUCAUACUGCCGCAUCCAAUUUUCUCGGACGCCACCUCACCGGACGCCGAACUGGUCGAACAGGCCCUCGGGAAACUGCGAUCCGAUCCGGAUCGGGACGUUCGCGGUCACAUUGACGGCUACCAGAGCACGGACGAUGACCUGAUCGGAGCCGGAGCCCCGGAGAUUACGGCCACGGCCUCCACCAUCGACACCGCCUCGACGUCGUCGACCUCAUCGACCUCAUCCCUCUCGCCGCCACCCUCCCAAAAGUCGUCUUCCUCGGGCAUCAACGUCAACUCGGCCUCGAUCGACGAUGAUAUGAGCUGGCUGCCGCCGGACUUCGAAGCCAGAGUGGCUGAGGCGUUUAAGCCUAUGAUGGACGCGUUGAAGUAGGAGGUUGUUAUGAUUUAUUUUUUACUCGAGUGUUGUAGCUGAAAUGAAAAUAGAAUAAAAACAACUCUAUGCAUAUAUUGAAAGAUGGAAUUCGAGAGCAAACUUCCUAGAUCCCUUUAUUCAAUUACAACCCUUGUGAAACCCAGCGAUGACUUGAGAUAGUUCUUAAUAACCAAAAUUUAGAAGUGGAAUCAAAACCUUAGUAAGCAUCCUCUAAAUAUCUUUUUUUGUUUUCUUCUUAACUAAAUCAAUCAUGCACUAUGUUAGGAGAUUGCUACACCCUCUAAUAUUGUAGUACAUAGUUAAAUCAAAGCUCCAUAAAGACAACUACCUUUAUUAUACCGGAUGAAACCCUUGAUUUUUUGCAUAAAAACCUAAUUUUUCUGUAAUUUUGAUUCUAAUUACCUACCAUCAAUUGAAGUCUUUUAAUUCUUUUUGAAAAAAAAACAGCCGUUAAGAUAAAAAAAACAACAACACCGAACUAAGUUAUUUUCACACCGAUUCCAUUUGAUCGGGUUUGCCUGCCAGUGGUCCCUGCUACAGCUCAUAUAUAAAUACGUACCUAUAUAAAUAAGUUGGGAGUAUACUACCCACCUCUUUUUUAUUGAAAAGCCUCCUGCUAGUUUACGCGUACUUCCCUAGCGUGCUCCUUAUCUGUACCGGAAGACAAGGUGAAAUAAAAACGUUAACUUCCCAAAAUAAAUUUUUUCAUAGCAAAAAAAAACACACACACAGAAGUAAAAUGAUGCAAUUGAUAAGACUUCAACUAUCUAUUAAUAGAAAAAAGUUUAUAUAAAAUUAUAACUGAGUUUAGUUUUUCAGGGAACAGAUAGAUGAAACGAUAUAAAGAAAUGCCUCUGAACAUCCGAGCUAAAAAAAUAUAACUCCUCAACCUUACAGAAGAUAAAAGGAAAAUAAAAAUAAUAAUUCUUAAUCUUGAAUAAAGAUAACGUGAAGAAAGAACAGCAGCAUCCGAGAUAGAGGUUGUAAAAGCGAGAAUGCGAAAUUAAAAACCGUUUUUUUUUCUUACCUAAGUUAUCUUUUUUUGAACAGUGCUAACUUUUUUUUUUGUACAUUUUAUAUGAUAAUGAGAAGGAAACGUGUACGAAAAGGAUUGAACUCUUUUCCAUAGAAUAAUACAAUUAAUUCAAGUUACAGCGAAAA